ACACCGCUACCGCAUUCCCUUUUUAGCUUUCCACCUUUCAAAUUCAAUCCUACUCGAACAUCUUUUCUCUCUCUCUCUCUCUCUCUCUCUCUAUAUAUAUAUAUAUAUAUGUUGUAUAUAGUUCAUAUAUACUACUAACAUCAGAGCUUCGUCUCGCUUCAGUCCCACGCCCAAUCGCCAUGGCCGAAGAUGACGGAAAUGGAAAUGGAUCGUCGAAACCUAAGCAAACUCCAUACGAAGAGGCAAUGGACGCUCUGUCGUCUCUCAUCACGAAACGCUCUCGCGCCGAUAAGACCAACAAGGGCGAUCGCUUCGACCUGCUUUUCGAUUACGUGAAGAUGCUGGAUUUGGAGGAGCCGAUAUCGCAGAUGAAGAUCAUCCAUGUCGCUGGUACAAAGGGGAAGGGAUCCACUUGCACAUUCGCAGAAUCGAUUUUGCGUAAUUGCGGCUUCCACACUGGACUUUUCACGUCUCCUCAUCUCAUUGAUGUCAGAGAAAGGUUUCGUUUGGAUGGUGUGGACAUUUGUGAAGAGAAAUUUUUAGCAUAUUUCUGGUGGUGCUUUGAAAGACUCAAGAAAAAGGCCACAGAUGAUAUUCCAAUGCCUACUUAUUUCCGCUUCCUGGCGUUACUUGCAUUCAAGAUAUUUGCAGAAGAGCAGGUAGAUGUUGCUAUCUUGGAGGUUGGCUUAGGAGGGAAAUUUGAUGCAACUAAUGUGGUUCAAGCACCAGUUGUGUGCGGUGUUGCAUCCCUUGGAUAUGACCACAUGGAAAUUCUUGGAAAUACUCUUGGACAAAUAGCAGGAGAGAAGGCUGGUAUCUUCAAGCAUGGGAUUCCCGCAUUUACUGUGCCUCAACCUGAUGAAGCAAUGCGUGUACUUGAGGACAAGGCUUAUCGGCUAGAUGUACCUCUUCAAGUUGUGCAACCAUUAGAUGCCAAUUUGCUUAAUGGUCUAAGACUUGGGCUUGAAGGUGUGCACCAAUAUCUCAAUGCUGGUCUUGCUGUUGCACUAUGUUGUUCUUGGCUUCAGAGAACUGGUCAUGUUGGAAUCACGCAUCUGGAAAAUACUAACUCUUUGCCAGAGCAGUUCAUAAAAGGAUUAGCGACAGCCAAUUUGCAAGGGCGGGCUCAGAUUGUCCCUGAUAAAUGUAUUGGCAUCAACAGCCCUGGAGAUCUCGUGUUCUAUCUGGAUGGAGCGCAUAGCCCAGAAAGUAUGGAAAUGUGUGCAAGAUGGUUUUCUCUUUCCAUUAAAGAAGAUGGCCAACAAGUUUUCAGUUAUCUGCCACAUGAAAAUUUGAACUCCUCAAUCGAAUUGGUGAACAGGCACCUUGAAGACAGUGCCAGGAAGAAAUCCACACAGAUACUACUGUUUAAUUGUAUGUCGGUGCGCGAUCCGCAUGUACUACUUCCACGUCUAAUGGAAACAUGUGCUAGUCAUGGCGUCCGCUUCAGGAAAGCUCUCUUUGUACCAAACACAUCAUUGUAUUACAAGGUUGGAUCCCAUUCUCUGCCACCAAACGAAGUUGAUUUGUCAUGGCAAUUCGCCCUUCAAAGAGUAUGGGAAAACCUCAUGCAGACAAACAAGGGAGGUGAUGAAAAGACCACGGAUGGUGUUGGUGAAGACUUAAAGAAUGAUGAUACAGAGAUGUGUGUAAAAAGCGGUGAAACUAGUGCAGUAUUUUCUUCUCUCCCCUUAGCUAUUAAAUGGCUCCGGGACAGUGUCCAACAGAACCAAUCCGUUCGUUUCCAGGUCCUUGUAACUGGUUCUCUACAUCUUGUGGGUGACGUGUUGAGAUUGGUCAAGAAGUGAUACAUCAAAUCCAAUUAAAUCUCCCAAAUUUAUACGUUCUUCUACCUUAAUUAUGCUCUGGAAUCAAAGACGGCCAAACGAAGUGGAUCAUCUCAAAUUUUCAAGUCAGUUAUUUUUGGUUUUGAGUUUUUGUUCGUAAUCUUCCACCACAUGUAAUACUUGUGAAACUGACAGCAAUAUCAAAUCGGCUUCUGCGGACAUGAAAGUUGCCAUUCUAUGCUAAUGAUCAAGUCUAACGGAGACUUAAUUAGGUCGAUUAAGGAAAGGGAAUUUAUCAUUUUCUCUAUCCACUUUUUCUAUGAAGUUCCAUCUCUUAAACUCAUUUCUUGACAACAUAAUGAAAAUGAAUUGUUCAAAGCAAUUUGUAUGAGUGGCAUUU